GUCACACUCCUUUCCCCCCUCUCAGGUGAAUGUCAUCAUCCAACAGCCAACCGUUUGUGCAACCAGGGGAGCCACUGAACGACUUCCUCCGUUCUUUCUGGCAGCGCCAAAUCGAUGCCGCCGAGCAUGAGGCACCGGACUACAGACACCCGCCGCUCCCGCUCGCCCGCAUCAAAAAAGUGAUGAAGAGCGACCUGGACGUCAAGGCGCGUCGUGCGGGGAUUUAUGGUUCCAUCUCAGAGGCUGACGCGCUUCGGGUCUUGAUUGUUUGCACUCACGCCGAACAAACGCCAUACAGCGCCGAUCUUGUUCUGCAAGGCCUGCGAGAUCUAGUAUUCAUCGCGGAAAUCACCGCGCGCGCGUUUAUCAUCGCCGACUCGAAUAAGCGAAGGACGCUUUCCAGAGCCGAUAUCGCCAAAGCACUGACGAAGUCUGACCAAUUUGAUUUCCUGAUCGACAUAGUUCCAAGAGAUGAGCCUCUAGCGGGCUCCACCGCGGCGAGCGGGAGCGGCGAAGUAAGGAGGCAAACUGCUGGCGUCGAGGUCUUGAAACGUGAACCAGUUGCUUCCCCGCUCAAUCUGUCGGAACAGAGCAUCGCAGAUGGCGAGGGCACACCUGAUACGACCCAGCGCUCUGAGGUGCUGGAGCAGCUCGAAUCACUUUUGGCCGCUGGGUCAUCUGGUAUACGCGACGGUCUAUGAUGCAACCCAAUCAAAAAUCGUAUCAUAUUGUAGACCGGAUGUGAACCUAGCACCCAAGUGAGGUGUAAUGCAUCUUGUCCGUCGUGACAUGAGGCACAGAAAAGAUGUGAGGUUCCCAUGCGCGUUCAGGAAAUUUGUCCUAGUUGUCCUUUUAUCUGAGAGUAACAGGACAUCGGUAGGUAAUCCCUCUUGCUUUUAAAAUUUAGUAGUUGUCGAGCACUUCUUGUAGUUCCAUAAUUUGACUCAGCGCCUAUGACAUGAAUCGCUCACGAGCAUCCAAAUUUACUGGCUGGCGG